CCGUACCGAAUUGGUCGACUUACGACGCGGCCGCACAAUGAAGUUGGUUUUGUCCUGUGCUAUUGGUGCGCUCCUGUGCGCUUCGUUACGAACGAUUUACGCAUCGGAUGUAACCAUAUCAGCAGAUGACGAUGAAAGGUCAGGAGACAGAGGACCACUGCUGGUAGAUAACUAUAUACCCGUGACGAUGCAAAUACUGCAACACUGUAUCGAGAUGAUUCAGUACGAGCCGACGAUGACACCGCCAAAUGCUGAAGCUGAAAUAAAACCUUCCACAACCACUACCACUACUACUAAACGGCCUUCAACAACGACAACGACUGUUGCUAGUAGUACGCCGUCUAGCUCAACCAGCAAGCCACCCCAGGACAGUCCGUUAAGUACCGCUAAGCCUGCAGAUGCAACACUGUCGCCCACCAGUCCGCACAGACCGGGCUACUACGGUCCAGCAAAGCCCCCGCCAACGGUUGUGACCACGACGACGGGGAAACCUACCACCACUUCGAGCACCACGACUACUGAGAUGCCCAAAGUAAACGAAAGUCCCACCACCGAGACGCUGCUGUGGAGUGAUAAACCGUUUGCCGAGUGGUUCUUACAAAGCAAGCGCAAGAAAGUUCAGCCGAUCUCUCCUCUGAACGUGCAGCUGUUAGAUCCGCUGCCACUGCGGGUACUGCAGGACUUUAACCGCGAGCCGUACGAACCGCUCGCGCUACGCCCGGAAGACAAUGCCAACGAGUUCCGGCGCCUGUACGACGACAAUUACCGGGGACCGAUCUCGCAGCUGGUGCUGGAAAAGGGCACGAAAAAAGGUGGCAAGAAAAGGGUACCACCAACGAAACCGUAUCUGCAUAUGCUUGUGCUGUACGAUAUGUUGAAGCGUGAAGCGAAGAAAAACAUGUACAGCAUCUACGAGGGAUAUUCGGAGGCCAUUCUUGGCGAGCUGUCGGUGAUGGAUUUCCCUAAUGCAAAGGAACAGCUCUAUUACGCGCUAACGCAGCUGCUAGAGCGCAAGGACAUCGAAAAGUCGGACGUUGUUUCGCGCUCGAAACAGAUGAUUACUGACUUGAGCACGCGCAAUAGUGCGAUAACGAUGGCGCUGGAAGUGGUACCGCCGCUGCGGUUUGGAUUGUGAUUUAGACAAAUACUAGCCAACAUACAAUCGAUGUUUUACAAACAACGAUACAAUUAACAAGUACUGAAAUUUACAUAAUAUAACUUACUCGCCCCUAACUGAGAAAUACCAUAUUUAGCUUAUGGCGUACGAAAAGAACGACUGAGCCGUUUUAAAGAUGCCCCAGGAAAAGCCAGCGAACGAUCCGAGCACCUCCAGCAGAAAUAUACCGACCGUUUCCAUAUUGCGCCGCGGUUCCGUAUCAGCAUCAGAGUCUUCCGCAAGCAGCGCUUCGGUAUAAUCGGCGUACGGGUCCACCACAUUGGGUGGUAGCUCGGCAAGCGCACGUUUUUCCCUUGCCGACAAGUCAUGGCUGUUCGAUGCUAUUGUUAUCGAACGAGUACUGCGCGAGUUGCCUUCUCGACGUGUGUUUGCUGCUAGAAUUAAGAGUCCCGUAAUGGACGACAGUGCCUUCGCUACUCGUCGUCGCAGAACCUUCCGUCGUGCCUGAAACUGUCCCAGAAGCGUGCUUCCGUUAGCACCGCGAUCGAACAAAGCAGGGUCACUGUCGUGCUGCAGUGGCUCAAGAUCCGAAUCGAGCUCAUCGGAGUCAUCAUUGUCGGUGGUGGCGUUCAAUGGAUGUUCUGGCACCGAUGCUAUCUGGGAGUCGUCGUUCGUCGAGACCUGUUUCACUUUGUCCAGCUCUUCGGCGCCAUUCUUGGGCACGAGGGUUUGAAACACCAGUGUGAUGCGUUCCUGUGCUGGUUUGAUUAUGUCGUCGAUGAUGCGCACCAAAAGAUCGGUUCUGUUCCAUCGUUGCCACAGCGUAGUGGUGGUUGCUGGCGUGGUCGUUUGCUCGUUGGCGAACGUUAUCGGUGACUCCUCCUCUGGACUUUGCUGAGUGUUGUUCGCUUUUGUGUCGAUCAAUUGCAGUUUAUCUGCCUUCUUGUCCAUUUUCAUCAUCAUUCGAAAGUCCGUUAUGUGCGACUGUGGGUCGUCGGGCGUCGAGGACGAAGCUAUCGCACGUGCCAGAAGAUCGCCAAGGAAUGGUUUGCUCACGACAAGCGAGAACUGCGAGAAUGCAUGAACGAUGGGUAGAAUGUAUGAACGCAUCUAACAAUCGGGACAUCAAACCCACUUAACGUACCAUUGAUAAAACAGUUAUCACUGUUAUGCAGAUGCAUCCUGAA